UAGUUGGGUUGGUAUACUGUGACUCACAGUAACAGUACUGUUCUCUCUCUCCCCCACCUUUUCUUCUCUGUGCGUUUGUUUUUCUGUACAAGCCGACUCUCUCUUUCUCGUUUUAAUGGCGUCAGCCCGUACAGUAACAAGUCGUAUAUUUUCUCCACAAUGACCUUAUAAAUGGAAACGCAUCUUACCUCUUUCUUAAUCUUUGUAUGCUUUACCAACUCCUCUGAAAUCCCACAACCAGAAUAAGAUAAAAUGGAAUUGAAUUUCCAUUAUCACCACCACCUCGUGCCGACGAUCUUCAACGCCUCGAAUGCCCAGAAGAACUGUUCAAGAUAACAGCGGUGAAACGGUAAAGAGAACAUGACUGAAGACGAAGAGCUUGAAAUGUUGUUAGAUGAGAUCCCUCACGCAACUUCUCUCAAUCUUCAUUACAUUCGUCAACAACACAGUCAUCACGUACAUGUUCAUGGUGCCCAUGGUCACGGCUCUACUGAUGAGAAGACAAUUCAUGGCGUGUGUGGGGAUGACCUAUCGUGUUAUCACAACUCUAUGUGCGUCUCCCAUCCUAGCGGAAUCUCUCUGCAUUCUGAAGGCUCAUCGUCGAGCUCGCUCUCCGGUGGGCUUUCCUCCUCUGACGAUGGAUCGGCAACUCCGCCUGAAAUUAAAUCCCAGGCACCACAGGAAGAUGUUCAUUACCCAAACCGAUUAUGUUUGGAGUCAAAAUUGCCUGAUUCUACUGCUGGGAGAAACUCUGGUGAUAGCUUGAUGGAUGAACUGGGUUUGGCUGAUUAUCUCCGAAGAAUGCGUAUCAAUGGCGCAGACAAGGAUUCAUCAAUCGAAACGUUCAAGGUAGAGACCCCCCAUAGGCUUCAUUUUGGUGAUCAUUCACCCAUUAGAACUAAACAUAGUCCUCUCGGAAUGAAUGGUAGCUCUGAAGAUUAUAGAAAAGAAAUUUUAAAUUAUAGAGGGCUUCAAUGCUCUGCUCGUUCAGGUCCCAGGAGUUUCGACGAAGAAACGAGAUCUGCAUUGUUCAGAUUGCAGAGGGAGGCUGAAAUGGGUAGUUUAUCAGGGUCGAAUCUCCCUCCCGGUGGACAUGAAGGUCUGUAUUCUGGGCCACUUCACUGUUCAGAACUACUGAAUUUUCCACGGCGGCAAGUGGAACAGGAUGCCAGCAAUGAAGCCUCAUGUAAUUUUUUGCAACAAGCUGAUUCAGCUCUUGGUAUGAACCCCUACGACAGGGGAACUCAAUUGCUGAACGUAGCCCCUUCUGUGAAUAAGCUUUUCCCUACUGAUGCUUUCCUCUGCUCACAAAGAAAUGGAGUGGAUUCAAGCCGAAACAGGCUUCGGUUGAAUUCACGAAGUCAUUCUCAGUUGACAGACCCAAAGAUGCCUUUAGAUGCAGAAAUUUUAUCCUCCUAUAGCCUCCCAAUUUUCAGUGAAAUGGCAGCAGCACUCCCAAACGGUUGGGCUACUCGAUAUCUUCCCUCAGUCAGAAGCAGCCCAAAUAUUGAGGCUUUUAAUUUUGAAGAUAGCUUAAUCAUAGAAGGAAAAGGGUUGCAUUAUGUGACCAACAAGGGAGCUGGCCGGUCAAGGGGACACAAAAGAAUUUACUGCAAUGACAUUAGUACUAGACAGCCACGAGAAAAGAAUUCUGACUCAGAUAGUCAAUCCCAUUUUGGGGAGAUUCCUGCUUUCAAGUGCGAGAAUGGUCGUAAUUCAAGGAUUUAUUGUCCUUCUGUUCAGCCACCAAGAUUCAAUUCCUUGAUGGAAGUCCAAGGAUAUAUUUAUUUCAUAGCCAAGGAUCAGCAUGGUUGUCGGUUCUUACAACAAAAAUUUGAUGAGGGGACUGCUGAAGAUGUGGAAAUGAUAUUCAAUGAGAUAAUUAAGCAUGUCGUUGAACUUAUGAUAAACCCAUUUGGGAAUUACCUUAUCCAAAAAUUGUUGGAUGUGUGCACUGAAGAACAGAGAAUGCAGAUUCUGCUCAUGGUGACAGAAGAACCAGGGCAACUUAUCAAAAUCUCUUUAGAUACUCAUGGCACACGGGUGGCCCAGAAGUUAAUCGAGACUCUCAAAACAAAGCAGCAGAUUUUGAUGUUUAUUUUGGCCCUAGAACCUGGUUUCCUUGUUCUCAUCAAUGAUCUGAAUGGAAACCACGUGAUCCAGCAUUGCUUGCAAUGUCUUAGCAGUGAAGAUAAUAAGUUCAUUUUCAAAGCUGCUGCAAAAUAUUGUGUCAAUAUAGCAACCCAUCGGCAUGGCUGUUGUGUUUUGCAACGAUGCAUUGCUCAUUCGACUGGAGAACAUCGAGAAAAAUUGGUUGCAAAAAUAUCCACCCAUGGAUUCCUUCUCGCCCAAGAUGCUUUUGGAAAUUAUGUUGUUCAAUUUAUCAUAGAACUAAAGAUCCCUACUGCCACAGCCAACUUGAUUUCUCAAUUUGAAGGGAACUACGUGCACCUCUCAACACAAAAGUUCAGCAGCAAUGUGGUUGAAAAGUGUCUCAAAGUAUUUGGAGAUGAGAACAAAUCAAGGAUUGUCCAUGAGCUGCUCUCAUAUUCUCACUUUGAACAGUUGUUGCAAGACCCUUUUGCAAACUAUGUCAUUCAAUCAGCUCUUGGAGUGACUAAGGGUCAUCUCCAUGCUUCAUUGGUUGAAGCAAUCCGUCCCAAUGCAGCAAUUUUACGCACAAGCCCAUAUUGCAAGCGUAUUUUCUCGCGUACAAUUUUGAAAAAAUGAUGUAAACUCUUGCCAUGGAGAGGGGUGUUGUCGUUCUCCACCAUUAGUUUAUAUAUAGCUGAUUUAGAAACUCCCAACUGCAAGAAUAUGCCGCUGACAAUUCUUUACAGGAUUACAUUGAUAAGGCUUCUUUGACUUCUGUAGGGUGUAGACGAUAAGCAAUUUUGCUUCCAGUUGCAUAAAUGAACGAUGCAGGAAAUGUAUUAUUCUGUUAUCAUGUUAAUUAGAUUUUGAGUAUUAUAAUUUUUUAAAUAUGGAAUAGCUGUUGUAUGACAUAGUACUAUGUAUAACAGUUCUCCCACCCUUCAUUUCUUUCACUAGCUUUGCUUAUGUAGUUUUUGGUUUCUUCUCUUUUUUGUGGGAACUCGAAGGCAUGGUUACCUCUUUAGUGGAUGGAACCUCAGCCCAACUCUGUUAUCAAUGUACUUGUAUCAGUCUCCAUUAAACUGUUCUGCAUUCGGGAAGCCCUAAACA